UGGCAGCGCUGCAGGCCGUCAUGUCGGAGGAGCUGUGUGAAUGAGGAGUAAAGACCCAGAAGUGUUGGCAGCUAAUUCAAUUCUUCUUGCAGGAUCCAGGGCAGUUUAUAUUUAGACAAACAGCUGGCGCUCGGCUGGUAAACCUCAACCGAAAGGUUAUCUUCAAGUUCCCUGUUGGACAAAUCUGGAACAUGAUCUCCUCCAGGACAUGGACCCAGUCUGGACCACCACUGUUCUCCUGGUGCCAUGUGUGGUGGUGCUGACAGCCGGAUUCUUCUACCUCUACAGCGUGAUCAUCGGUCUGUUGACCAAAACAUCUGUCCGCAAUAAAGUAGUGGUCAUCACCGACGCUUUGUCUGGGCUUGGAAAAGAAUGUGCAGCUGUGUUUCACAGAGGAGGAGCGCGGCUGAUCCUCUGCGGGAAGAGUUGGGAGAAACUUGAAGAACUUACCGAUGAUUUGGCAAACGCCUCAGACCCAACCUUAACGUUUCCCUCCAAACUGGUGCUGCUGGACUUCGGAGACAUGGACAGCAUGCCGGAGGUGAUCUCAGAGAUCCUGGAGUGUUACGGAUGCCUGGACAUCAUCAUCUUCAACAGCAGCAUGAAGGUCAAAGCGCCGGCACAGACUUUGUCUCUGGAGAUGGACAAGCUGCUGAUGGACAACAACUACUUUGGACCGGCCACGCUGGCUAAAGGUUUGCUGCCCUCCAUGAUCUCCAGGAGAACUGGUCACCUGCUGCUGGUCAACAGCAUCCAGGGGAAACUCGCCGUGCCUUUUCGUAGCGCGUAUGCCGCCUCUAAACACGCCGUGCAGGCUUUCUUUGACUGCCUGAGAGCUGAAGUGGAGGAGUACAGCAUCUCCGUCAGCACCAUCAACCACACCUUCAUCAGCCUCUCUGCACCGUCCGAAAACACAGAGACGUCCAUCUGCUCACUGUCGUACACAAAGAAACUCGGCGUUUCUCCGGACGAGGCAGCGACUGAGAUCGUGAAGACUUUGAGCAACAAGAGGAAAGAGGUCGUGAUUUCUCCCUCGCUCCCAAAGAUGGCCGUCUACGCCCGAUCCUUCUUCCCCAACGUGUUCUUCGCUGUGAUGGCUGCAGGAGUGAAGCACGCUGAAGCCUCUGAGAACAUGUAGAGCUGCACACGAUGUUUCUCAGAGCAAACGGCAGAAACAUUUGGGAAUUAUAUGUUAUUCGCCCAUUUGUCCACGCAGACAAUCUAAAAUAAAUAAUUAUAAUUUG